AGCCAGUUCACCUCAGCGGAGGCUAACAAUUAGCUGCGUUAGCUUAUCUCCUCACUGUCAAUGGAGAGAAGCCCCAACUCCGCUCAACUGGGCGAGCUUAAUGAACAACUCUAAACAUUUGCUUGUCUCCUUUCCAGUGCAUGUGUAUUUUACAAACGUGUCAUUUUCAAGAUUUGUUUGCGAUUCAUUCUAAUGCUAUUUCACAGCUUGCUGCUCUUUGAAGCUAACACGUAGCAUUAGCACGCUAGCUACUGUCAAAUAUCUGUGUGGAUCCCGAAGGUGGGACCAUUCGUCACAUGACAGCAGAGCCACCCAAUGAAAAGUCUUAAUAGGCGUCCCCGACUCAUUGCAGUCCAAUCAGCUUUUCUUACAAAGGACGCUAACAGAGCAGACAUGACAUGUCAACGCUUUAGUACAAUUGCUUUCACUGACUUCAUUCCGCUUGAGUUUUGACCCUUUAAAGUACACGUGUAAUCGCUCAUGACUCUAACUACGCACUGCUUAUAACUGCAUUUGCGGAAAUAUACUAAUAAAAAGUUUGUCGUCUGCAACCGUCAACACAGACGCUAGAGACGCACUGUGGUGUCGUGACGUCACGUUCAGUAGACGUAAACUCUGACAUCAACGUCUCAUAUCGUUUAAAAAUGUUAAGGAACUUAAAACACCUGAGUGUCUGUUGCUCAAUGAAGACUCCUCCGGACAGGUCAGGAAUUACUUUCGAGGUUGGAGCACAACUGGAGGCAAGAGAUCGCCACAAGAUCUGGUACAAGGCUACGAUUGAAAAAAUUGACUACGACAAAGAGCGGAUCCUGAUCCACUACCAUCAGUGGAGUCGUCGACACAAUGAGUGGUUUCAGUGGAACUCGCCGUCCCUGCGGCCACUGGAGCGAGUCAGUCUGAGGAGGCAGGGCCUGAACCCGCCGUGCUCACAGCCGAUGUUUGUUUCAGGCACUAAGGUUCUGGCCUGUUGGACAGACUGUCGUUUCUACCCGGCCAAAAUCCUCAGGGUCAACAAGGACGACUCAUACACAGUGCGUUUCUAUGAUGGCGUGGUUCGGACUGUGAAGCCCACCAAGGUCAAACCCUUCCAGGACCAGAGGUCUAGAUCUGAGAAAGGUGCAGUGGGAAGCGAAGGAUGGGAGGAAGGGGAGAGCGAGGAGGAAGAGGAGGAUGGUGGACAAAGAGAGGAAGAGCAGAAGGAGAAGAAGGAAGAGAAAGUGGAGGAGGUGACAUCAGAGGAGAAGGAAGGAGCUUUGGAGGGGGAGGAGGAGAGGAAGGCAGAAACAUCAUCCCCCCAUAAACCAGCGAAGAAGAAAACAGAUGACAGUAGAAACAGUGGUGCUCAGAACCAGCCAAUCACAGCUGAGUCCAGCCAGCCUGCUCCUCCUAACCUCGCCCACAUCGACAGAAACAUCCUGUUGGAGCGCCAGGCCCACCUGCCCACCACACACAAGUUCAGCAGAGAGCCAUUGUACAGGGUGAUAAAGAACCAGCCGCCUCCCAUCCUCUCCAUUGAGUUGGACCACAACCCCUUCAAGUGUCCUGCAUCGGGCUGCACCAAGUCCUUCAGGAAGGCAAGCCUGCUGCACUACCACAUCAAGUACUACCACUCCGACCAGCAGCUGGACAAGCACGGUUGCGAGCAGGAGGCGCCGAGGAGGAAGCGAUCAUCAUCCGAGGGAGGCGACUUCCUGCCAGACAGGAAGAAUGAGAACAGCGCCUGUCACCGUGGCAACAGAGAGCACAGCACUGUGGGAACAGAGGUGAGGAAGGAUGGAGGGAGAGAGAAGACAGGAGGACAGGACAGAAACGACAGGAGGAACUUCCUGACCGUCAAACUGAAGAAGAAAAAGAAGAAGAAGAAGAAGAAGAAAAGCCUGUCAGGACUCUGCAGCAGUGAUGAUGAGAGCUCAGACAGACCUCCAAUCACUCUGAAGCUGUCUGCCGGGCACCACAACACACACUCACAAGUCGAUGACGGCAGCGAUUGGUCGACGCUGACAGCAGAGAGUGGCGAGGACUCGUCCUCUUGGCCUGUUGCUAUGGAGACAGAGGAGUUCGAGGUGGUGAGGUGUGUGUGCGAGGUGGACGAGGAGAACGACUUCAUGAUCCAGUGCGAGUCGUGUCUGUGUUGGCAGCACGGCACCUGUAUGGGUUUAUAUGAAGACAACAUCCCACACAGCUACAUCUGCUAUUACUGCAGACACAGUGCAGGUUGGAGGCGGGCCCAGCGUUUCCUUUCAGAGCCUGAUUUGCUGAUAUCUGGUCACAUGUUUGGCCUGUCGUGUGUGAAGGAGAACUAUUCAGAGAUCAACUACACCAAGAUCUCAAACACCAGCCACCUGCUGGCGCACACAUACGGCCUCAGUCAGAUCCUCAGAGGGCUGCAGCUCAAAAUCAGCCUGUUACACGCUCCAUCACAUCCAGACCUGCAGCUGUGGCGGUUGCCAUGGAGACGAGAAGAGGGGCUGAGACUGACUUCCAGCCCGAGAGAAGAGACUGCCGUGUGUUAUGUCAGCAGCGAGCAUUGCUAUCAGAAGCCUGGAGCAUCAUGGGAAGCAGAGGAGCGAGAACAGGAACAGCAAGCUGCAGUGAAGCAGGAGGAAAUGAAGCAAGAGACUGACACUGUGACAGGCGACGGCAGAAACACUGUGACAUACACACACACACACGGUGACACCAGCAUGAAAACAGAGAAGCACACUCAUGCAGACAGUGAAGAACACACACACACAGCGGAGCCUCGUCCGGCGUCUGUGGCCGAGUGUCAGCUGAACCUGCUGGAGCACGUCGAGUCUCUUCACCACCAGAUCAGUGCCAGGAUGGACCUGAUAGAGCGAGAACUGGACGUGUUGGAGUCCUGGCUGGACUACUCUGGCGAUCUCGAGCCUCCUGAUCCUUUGUCCCGACUCCCGCAGCUCAAACAGCGAAUCCGGCGGCUGCUGCGUGACCUGUGCACUGUCAGACACCUAUCAGUCUGCCACUGACCCUUUUCACUCCUUCAUCUGGGACCCCUGACCUUUGACCCUGCUGGUCACUGCUAACUACUCGCAACAGACAGACAGACGGACUGAUUGGCGAGGCUAGCACGUGACUACACGGACUUGUGGAGCAGCUGAAAACUGGUUUGUUUCCAUAUGGUCACAGGACGGUGCCCCCGGUGGAGAAGAGGUACACUGCAGUUUGCAGGGGAGGAUGACGUUUCUUUUAUAAAGUGACUGAACAGCUGAUUUUGUAGUUAAAUUUCACAAAGGUACAAGAAGAUUUCACAGACUGCCUCGAGCAGCAUGCCACACGUCUUCAUCCACACAGCUGAACAUGACGCAGGUUUGAUCGCUGAUUGAUUUCUUUGGCUUCUGAUCAGCUGCUUUCUGAGUCACAAGAAUAUGUGUUGUCUUAACAUCAGACAACAGCUGAGCUUAGACUGAAUUUUAAAACAUAUUGCACAUUGUUUCCUAGCAGGUUUCCAAGCUGACAAACCUCCUGUUAUAUGACACAGCUUCCACACACACAACAUGAGGAUUUACAGUGAUGCUUUUGUUACUUUGACAUUUCUCAAUGUCUGGAGGUAUUAAAAUGUUACUAAUUCAUUUUUAACACAAAACAUUCUCCGAGGGUUUUAAGGUCACAGCAGAAAGUACUGCAGCACAGUAGCCACUAACACACCAGCUGUGCUAGCGCUCCUCUCUUUUGGCUUCUUUGUUGUGUCAGAACUGCUCCAUUUAUGCCCCGUGCCUCCCCCCCCCCCACAUUAUUUCACAUCAUUUCAUUCUGUAAAGAAUUAAAAAAUAGCUCCAACUAGUUUGCUAACUGCUAAUUAGCAUCAACUGUCAGUUAACAAGCUUAUUAGCUUGGGUGCUAAUGUGACAGUAGCAUCACACAAUGGAUUUAAAAGACAUACAGCAGGUCGUCCUCACACAGAGGAGGUUCAUCAAACCUCUGAUUCAGACUUUAGCUGUUCACUCAAAGGUUUCUGUGUCAGGACGGUGUGCUGUUGGUCAACGGCACAGAUUAGUUUCAGUGGUCACAAAAGUUGAACUUAAAAAAUGUUCAGAGUUAAUCCAGUUUAGCAAGAGAAUGCAAAUGGCGAGAUUAAUGCAUUGUAUGUGAGGUGUGUUACUUUCAGUUCAGUCCGGUCACACCUGAACCAGGACGUCCCUCUGAGGACUCACCACAGCCGGAGCGAGAUCACUGACGGUGUAAUAAACCGUGAUGUCACCAUGUAAAUAUGUCUAUUUGAAUGUUUUAUACACUUGUACAAGAAGCAAACUGUAUAAAGCUGUAGAUUUAUUUUGAUAGAAACAAAUCUAAAAUGGUUUAUUAGGUGAAAUUGGAGAUUUCAGAGAAAAGACCAACUAUUACAAGAAAAGGUUUGUCAGAUUAUCACAAUUUGCAGCUUUUCUCAAAAUCUGACUUGUCUUGAAAUGAUCAUAUUUUUUCUUGUAAUGUUACCAUUUUUUCAAAGUGACAAUUUUGUCCUCAAAAACUUUGUUGUUAUUUGUUUCGUUCAUAAUGGCCCCUGUCCUCGAAUCAGUUCCCCAGUUAACUCUGACAUGUUUGGCUGAAGAACAGUGAGCUUCUGGUUCGUCUCUUCACUUAGUGUCCUUUAUUUCCAAAGCCUGAACAGACACUUUGUCUGAGGAAUUCUGGCUUUGAUUGAAAUGAUAAAAUUCCAGUUGCUGUGUGGUUGUGUGUGUGUCACAUUCAGCUCAUCUGUGUAAAACUUUGCCCAGAAACAGAAACUUCCAGAGCUGGAGUCAGGAUUUUAGAAACAGGGAGGUCAAGAGUCCAGAUUCCCCAACAGAACCCACCUCAGAAACAUUUAUUCUUGUUUUGUUCAUGCUUUCUGUAAAGGGUCUCCCUUGACGUUAUGCUCUGCUGUCACAUAUGUAAUAGUGAAUACUAAAUACUAAAUAUUCAUUUUAAUUGUAUUUUUCUCCCUAAAUGUAAUCAAGUACACAAAAUAUCAACAUUUUCCUGAAAACACCUGUGUCCAACUAUAUGUAAACAGCUCUUCAUGAGAUUUAAAGUCAUGUUUCAUUUCAUUUUAACUAAAAACUAAUUUGUUUUAACAUGUUAAGUUUGUUGAAUACAUCCUUAUUUUGCAGGAAUUGGACUCAAACCUCGUGUCUGUCUGAUUAUAUAUUUACUCCAUAGACCUGCACCGUCACAGAUGACCAU